UUCUAAGUUCUUAUGUGAUUGGCUUGGACUCGGCUCAGUAGGGCGGGUUCUUGGAGGUUGAACUGUAUGUUUUGAUGGCUUAAAACUAGUUUUCAGACAGGACGGAGAUAACGUUAAUGCUCCCCACCAUGUGUGAUGGUGCAAAGCAAGCUUUGUUUGCUCUGAAACGUUAACCGAAAAGCGUGUGGACUGCAUGUUUGAGUGGUGAAGCGCGUUUCCCCACCCACACAUUCCUGUCUGCAAGGCGUCAUACCGGAGGAAACGGGGAGAGUCGCUCGCGAGGCCAGCCUGGUUUGUCCGUGCACAGGCGGAAUCUUCCACACACCAACUUAUUAGACUUCCCACGCCUAACGUUUGGAAAGCCAGUGAAGAAAGAAGACUUCACCGUACGAGCCUGUAUGAACUUUUGUCGAGAGAACUGGAAGCCGUGGUUCCGUGUCGCUGCUGUGGCUCUUGUGGUCUCCGCGCGUCUGUGAUUAGUAACGCGAGAUAUGGAAACGCUGGACAGUGCCGAGCCGUUUCUGCAGUGGGACCGCAACCUCAGCGAGUUGUCGGAGACCUGUGAACACGACGCUGUCCUCUACAGCACGCACUUCACCGAGCUCCUAGAUGACCUUUCCCAGGAGGCUUUGCUGGGUCAGUUGCUGAGUGACCCCUUCCUCUCUGGGAGGGGCGGAGCCAUGGAUGUGGAGGAGGAGCUAACCCGUACCUCUCCGGCACCACCACCUAUCCAGGUGGAGCACAGUUACUCACUGAGCGGCGACUCACGGCCGCAAUCGCCACUCUGCCACCUGCUCGGAGAGACGGCCAGCGAGCUCGGGGACUCGGAUGGAGAGGAGUGGCUUAUGCAGAAGGGGGGCGGGCCUCUGAGUGUAGAGCCCCUGCUGACCAACUCUACCGCCCUGCUGCCUGCUCUCACCCUCACACCACCAAACACGGUGACCACGGCCACACCUACACUCCCGCAUGCCCACCAGGUCAGCCUGGACCAGGUGAAGAAGGAUGGUGAGAGCUCUAUGCCACAGGUUAAACUGGAACCACAUGAGGUUGACCAGUUCCUGAACCUCUCCUCUAAAGUGCUGGAGCGUCUCCAGAUGCCCCCAACGCCCCCUAGCUCUCAUGGCAGUGACACCGAAGGCAGCCAGAGCCCCGUGCACCCCUGUACCCACACCAGCCCUGCGCAGAGCUCACCAGGCCUGAGGGUGGUGCCUCGUACCCCCACCACGCCCUCCAGCUCCCCCCUGCUGACUGCACCACACAAGCUCCAGGGUUCUGGUCCUCUGCUGUUAACAGAGGAGGAGAGGCGGACGUUGAUCGCGGAGGGCUACCCCGUGCCCACCAAGCUCCCGCUCACCAAGUCUGAGGAGAAAGCCUUAAAAAAGAUCCGCAGGAAGAUUAAGAACAAGAUUUCUGCUCAGGAAAGUCGUAGAAAGAAGAAAGAAUACAUGGAUGCCCUUGAGAAAAAGGUGGAGACAUGCUCCAAUGAGAACAAUGAGCUGCGCCGGAAAGUGGAGACUCUUGAAAGCACCAACAAGUCUCUGCUCCAGCAGUUGCAUGCUCUGCAGGCAGCAGUGGCAGGGAAGGUUCCUCGCUCAUGCAGGAUAGCCAGCACACAGACCUCCACGUGCCUCAUGGUAGUGGUGCUGUGUUUUGCUGUGUUCCUGGGAAGCUUCUACCAGAGUCCCUGUUCAACCAUCACAAAGACUGACUUGUCCAGAGAAAUCUCCAUGCAGGAGUACACUGCUACAGUGAAGUCCAGAAGUCUGCUGGAGUAUGAUGAGCUCAGUGGGGUGGAUGAGGCCCACCUCUCUGGACUGGGCGGGGACUAUCCAGAGUGGGACGGCCAAGUCAAUAUUCUGACAGCAUGGCGCCCAGAGCCACAGCACAGACAGGCGGAGCCACAGGCAGCAGAGCCCCACCCACAUUUUGUUCCCAACAAUGGAUCCAACAUGCAAAAUGGCCUUCUCAUAGACCUGCACACACACAGGACAGGGGAGCAGCGGGUAAAUGAGAGUUCAAAGGUCAUCGAGCUGGAGAGGCGGGCGAGUGAGCCGUCGUGAGGGGCAGGCUCCCGGACUGCCUGCCUGCGUCUAUGAGCCUGUCUAAAGCUUUGGUCCCCAACGCUGCUUGCGUUCUUUUUUCUUUUUCUUUUAACCAAAAAAAAAAAAAAAAAAAAAAAAAAAAAAGCAAACAUAAACACAACAAAAAUAUUUUUAUUUCAUUCCUUCAAUAUAUAUUGGAUUUUUAUACUAUAUUUUAUGCAUAUUCUUUUUCCUUUUUUUGGUAUACUGUACAUAGCAGCUUUAGUGGAGUUUUCUUUUUUUUUUUUUUACCUCAUAACUACUGAUAAAGGGCUUCUCUGGUCUGUAGUCAUAACUAUACUACAGACGGCUGGGUCUGUGGUCAUAGCUGUACUACACACGGCUGGGUCUGUGGUCAUAGCUGUACUACACACGGCUGGGUCUGUGGUCAUAGCUGUACUACACACGGCUGGGUCUGUGGUCAUAGCUGUACUACACACGGCUGGGUCUGUGGUCAUAACUAUACUACAGACGGCUGGGUCUGUGGACAUAGCUGUACUACACACGGCUGGGUCUGUGGUCAUAGCUGUACUACACACGGCUGGGUCUGUGGUCAUAGCUGUACUACACACGGCUGGGUCUGUGGUCAGGGAGAGAGUUUGUGUGCUGUCACUUUCUCCCACUGACUUCAGAUGCUAUGUGCUAAAAUCAUAAAACUGAAACGUGAAAUUCUCAACAGAAAUGACACACAAAUGAAACAAGGUUUUGUGUUUUAUGAAUACAGAUUGUGCUGGUGGGUGACUUUCACUAUGAUGUUCAGUAAGGGAAUAUGAGGAUUAUUGGUGUAUGAUGAUCAGUUUUGGGGAAAUCACCUUAAUGGUCCUGAAAUCUCCACUCUGUCCUGUUCACAAAUAUCAGUCUGAACUGAUUGCAAAAUGACUCUGACAUUUGGAAGGAUCGAUCGGUCAGCCUUCAGUCAGUACACACAUUCUUAACAAUCCUACAGUUUGUAAAUGUCACAAAUAUUUUCCAUUCCUAAGACCAGAAGGAGAGUUUAGUGUGUUGAACAUGAGGUGUUCCCACCCAAUUGUGGUCUUCAUUUUCACUUCACUACCCCUCACUGUUCAACCUGUUUUUGGUUGAGAUGUUCUGUGCAGAACUGUUGUGAUCUCUGAUGUCCAACUGCCUUCAGAACCAUAUCACUAACCUUAAAAGGUUCCAGUAACAUGGUGAACUCACUCGCACUGUAUCUCCAAAGAAUCUCUGUGUUUAUUUAUUUUUCUCUCCAUCCCUGUAAGGUCAGAGUUUGUUCAGGAGUCUUAUG